UUCAAGUAUCGAUGUCUUCCCAACAAAUAGCCGUCGAUACACGUACUCUUUAGCAGUUCAUCUGAGAAUCAAUCUCGACUUUGGACCUCUCGCUUAUCGCUAUCCUUGAUAAGCAUUUGGCGAUAUACACGACAUUCUUUUCCUCAUCUACUAUCUUCACUGAUGGCUCAAUCAAUGUGUUGGAUCUUCCCAAAAAGGGGGUCAUUAUACCUUUGCUCUGGUUGUUACUUCCUUUCGCUUCAUGAUGCAGGCUCAAGUUUUCUAGGGCGACGAAGAGUCUUGCAGGCCUCCUCGUCGCUUCCUCCUCACAGAAUCAAAAUAACGCCUUUGCUCUGGCCGCCCCUUCCGUUCGCAUUCAAAUACUUCACUGAGAUGGCCUCGCACUUCUGUGCUGUCUUAGUCCAAACAAAAUGGCCAUCAGCUUUUACGCAACACAUUUAACCACAUCGACCAAUGCAUACGACAUAAUUAUCCGCUUACAACCACUUACCUGUUAUCAUGGCACGCAGCAAAAGACUCACAUCUGCCGAUUGUCGUCAUAGAAAUAGUCAGUC